UGUGUGUGUGCGUGUGUGUCUGUGUCUUUGUGUGUGUGUUACAGACAAACGAAAAUACUCCAUAUAAAUAGACACAUUCAGAGAAUAAAACGGCAAAAAAGAACAAAAAUCAAUUCAAAUCGAACGGAACUGAAAUACGAGGUCCAUUCACUGCUUCGAAGCGUAAACAAAUCCGCAUGGUUCAGUGAAUCUUUUUUUUUUCUUUAGAAUGACAAACUCACACACACCUGACGAAGCCUGGCGGAUGGACACGUGUUUGUGGAGACUCUCGAAGAAUACUAGACAAAGAUGCUCGCGGAGGCACUUCUGGUCGCUCUGGCACUGCAACUCACAGUCGAGGGUGGCAUCGUGCAGUGGCAGUACUACGGAGAGAACCCGCAGGUGAGGCUCAAGCAAGGGAAGCUGCAGGGGAGGCGGUACCAGUCUCUCAAGGGCGCCAACUACCACUCCUUCGUCGGCAUUCCUUACGCUCGGCCGCCCGUCGGGAGUCUGCGGUUGCAGGAUCCCGUGGCAGCCGACGAGUGGGAAGGCGUCAGGGAUGCCGUGGAAUGCCCCCCGAGGUGCCCCCAAGUGGUGGGCACGGAGAUCGUAGGGAGCGAGGACUGCCUCUACCUCAGUGUCUUCACUCCCGAAGCUAAGUCAACGCCAACGGAACAGUGCAGUGGGAAUAGAAAAAAGACUAAUAGCAACAAUACUUCUCUAAACGGUACUUCGGACGUGGCAUUAGCAGCAACACUACCAAACACGAGGCAGCAGCACAGUAUAUCAUAUUCACAGCAGGAAGUAGUAUAG